UGCAGGGGUGGGCGCGGCGGGCACCAUGGCCGAAGGCACCAUGGCCGUGUACCCCGACAGCCCCGCGGGAUUCCCCCGGCACCUCCAGGCCGGCGCGAUGCGGCGCCGCUUCUGGGGCGUGUUCAACUGCCUGUGCGCUGGCGCCUUCGGGGCCCUGGCCGCCGCCUCCGCCAAGCUGGCCUUCGGCAGCCAGGCGAACGUGGGCUUCUGCACCUUAGGCAUUAUUGUGAUGGCGACGACCAAUUCUCUGAUGUGGACGUUCUUUAGCCGGGGCCUCAGUUUCUCCAUGUCUUCAGCCAUUGCUUCUGUCACGGUGACUUUUUCAAAUAUCCUCAGCUCGGCCUUCCUGGGUUUUGUGUUGUAUGGAGAGUGCCAGGAGGUCUUGUGGUGGGGAGGAGCAUUCCUCAUCCUCUGCGGACUCAUCCUCAUCCAUAGGAACCUGUCGCCACCCAGGAAGGCCUUUCCACACAAGCAGCAGUAGCGUCCGUCGGCUGGGUGGACCCGCUGGAAAGAGCGAUGGCGGCUCAGGUUGGCGGAGGGGACGCCUCCCCAGGGUGAUGUGCGGGUGCAGGGAGAUGCUGCCCGAGUGCAGCUCCGGCCUCUGUGAGGGGCAGCGCGCAGUGUCCCGCCGGAAGCGGUCUUCAUGCGUCUGCACGGUGCUUUUGACGCUCACCCUCCUGGACCCGCCAUGGAGCCUUGGCAGAGAGGCUAGAGACCCUGGGGUCGGUCUGCUUGGUGUACAGACUUGAACCACGCUGUCAUUGUAGCCUGUGGCCUAACAAAGCCAGUCACAUGACAUUGGUGUCUGACCGGUGGGGCUUUCCGACAACUUCACGUUGAUGUUUCAGGUCGUCUGUGUCCUGCUUCUGUGUUAUGGCAGGAGAAGGAAAAUGCAAUUAAUACUUUUUUGUAAGUUAAAACUACCAGCUGUGGAAUCCUAAUUCUUUCCUACAUGUUUUUUCUUUCUGAGUUUUUGGAGCAGCCAGGGUGAGCGGCACUUGCUGGAGCAGAGUUGAACCCCCGCUUUCCCUGGCCUGCGGCCUGCCAGGCCCAAGCGUGUGGUUCCUUCCUGGUCUCCAGGCUGGUGCUCUUCAAAUUCAGGAGGCUCUGGCCACUCUCGGUGCUCAAGGAGAGAAACUUGGCCUCGCUUCGGGGACCUGGUUUUAUUUUACUUAUUAGGAAAGAAAACUGGCUCAGAGGCAGCUCCUGCCCCUACUUCACCUCUGCCCCCCACCUCCACCGUUUUGAUUGUCUUUCCCAGACCCUUGUGACUUGUGCAUGUCUUGCACCAUGUGAACAAUUCCUAGUUCAAAACCCGUGUGCUGCCUGCAGUCUUCCUGUGCGUAGCUUCGGUUGGAUGCUCUCUGCUCCAGUUGUCCGGGGCUCCCCUGGAUGUCCGAACCCUCUCAGCUCUCCUGAGCUUGACUGCUGCUGGCCCAGGGGCGUCCUCUCAGCAUUCUCUGCAGUAGGACUGGGGGCCAGUAGGCUCGGGGAGAAGAGGGUCAUGUCCAGGCUGGCCCCUGCUCUGCGUGUACAUGGCACCUUCAUUGCUCCCCUCCAGUCCUCAUUGCAUCUGACAGAUGGGCUUUCUAAGACUUCCAUGGCUUCUACCGACUGCAUCUGGCCGUAGCCCAUCCCGCCCCAACUUCCCUCAUGCUGCCUCCUUAGUACCCCAAGGACUGAGCCUGGGCACGCCAGUGUUUAGAAGUCAGGGAGACACAGAGGGACCAGGGAGACAAGUAAGCAGACAGUCGGUGAGGUAGGAGGAAACCAGGUGAGUGUGGCGUCCAGGAAGCAUCUCCAGAAAAAGGCAGCGAUCACCCAGGCGACUGCUGCUGAGGGUCCAGGAAGGUGAAGCCUGGGAAAUGGCCACUGGACUAGUAGAAAGAACUUUGACAAGAGCCGCUUUGAGGAGUGAGGCCAAGAGCCUGAGAUCAGUUCAUGAGGCAGUGGUGGGUCACGUCGGUCGGUGCAGAAAAGACAUCUGACAAAACUCAGCACCUUUUCACGAUAAAAGCAUUCAGCAAACUAUGAAUAGAAGGAAAGUGCCUCAACAUGACAAAGACCACCUGUGAAACACCACAGUGGACUCCACAGUUAAUUGUGAAACACUGAGAGCUUUUCCCCUAAGAUCUGGAACAAAACAAGGAAGCCUGCUUUCACCACUUCUGUUCAACAUGUCCCUGAACGGUCUAGCCAGAGCAGUUAGGCAAGAAAAAGUCAUGCAAAUUGGAAAGGAAGAAGUAAAACUUCUCUCUGUUCGAAGAUGGCAUGAUCUAUGGGUAGAAAAUUCUCACGAUCCCAGGAGGCGGCCCCCUUUCUCAGCAGCCUCGGGCAAGCCCAGGGGAGCCAGCACCCUGUGCUCAGCAGAACCCCCUUCCCUUGAGCAGGGGUCCAGCCUGGGAUGAGGCACCUCCUGUGCCAACGGAAAGCCCUUCUUGUUAACUGAAGCCCUUGUUCUGCCCUCCACAGACCCCCUCAAAUGAUCAAUAUACUUAAACUGACGGCUGCAGGACAACUGUGUGGUCCCCUGGGUCACAGGUUUUCUGUGAACAAGUUUUCUAAACAUCUUGUGCUGGGGAUCACGUGGGCAUCCGGUGAGCCAGCAGACCAUCUGAACUCCCAGGGCAAGGGACCCUUUCCGAGGGGUUGGGCUUUGUUAGCCCCAGUUGGACAUACUCUGGCAGAGCACGUGUGUGGGUUGAAUGAAGCUUCUUUUUUGUGUAGUUUACAUGGCAUUCAGGGUUGGUGGGCUGGGCUGUAAACUCAAAAACCCUCAAUCCUUGUCACUUUUGCCCCAAAUGCCUGCCUCCCUGGCAUACAGUAGGUGCUCAAUAAAUGCUCAUUGCAUGAAA